AUGGCUCUCCGCGCACUGCGCGCCUGCAUGGUGUGCUCAAUCGUGCAGCCACAAUCGAAAUUCAGUCGCGAGGGCUGUCCCAACUGUGAAGAGUUCCUCGAGCUACGCGGUAAUCAAGACAGUAUCGGCGAGGCAACUAGCCAGGUAUUCGAGGGUCUCAUCACGCUCUCCGAUCCACUAGGAAGCUGGGUGGCGAAAUGGCAGAGACUACAGGAUUAUGUUCCUGGUACCUACGCGAUCAAGGUGGUUGGUGUGCUACCGGAUGACUAUGUCUCUGCAGCGGAGAACGCUGGCGUGAAGUAUAUCCCACGUGACGGUAGCAAUAUCGAAGACGAGGCAUGA